CACGCGGUCUUGGCGAUGCAGAGGCCCCCUGCGCCCGCCCCUGCCCCUGGGCCCAGCUCCCCCCGGUCGUCCCCGCGCGGCUCCCCCGGGCUCUUCAGGAAGCUCCUGGUGAACCAGAGCAUCCGCCUGCAGCGGCGCUUCACGGUGGCCCAUCCGCUGUGUUUUGACCUGGAAAAUGGACUCUCGUGUGGGAGAAGCGCCCUGGACCCUCAGGCGGGGUCUGGCCUUGGCCGAGUCAUCCAAGCCCCUGCCCAGCACAGCCAGAGGAGGGAAUCCUUUCUCUACCGUUCAGACAGUGACUACGAACUCUCAUCCAAGACCAUGUCCCGGAACUCCUCCGUGGCUAGCGACCUACACGGAGAAGACAUGAUUGUGACACCCUUUGCCCAGGUCCUGGCCAGUCUGCGGACGGUUCGGAGCAACGUUGCGGUCCUUGCGCACCUGCAAAGCCGCGGAGCAGCCAAGCAGGGAUGCGUCGGGAAUACCCCAUCUGGCAGUCAGCCCCCUCCACCAACAGAGGACACUGGGCAGAAGCUGGCUUUGGAGACAUUGGAUGAGCUGGAUUGGUGUCUGGAUCAGCUGGAGACACUGCAGACACGGCACUCCGUGGGGGAGUUGGCCUCCAACAAGUUCAAGCGGAUGCUGAACCGGGAGCUGACUCACCUGUCUGAAACCAGCCGCUCCGGGAACCAGGUGUCCGAGUACAUAUCCCGAACCUUCCUGGACCAGGAGACUGAGGUGGAGUUGUCCAGGGCGACCUCCACGGAGCCCCGGAGACCUAUGUCCCAGAUCAGUGGACUGCAUGGGCUCCCGCACAGUACCAGCCUUCCUGCAGCCACAGUCCCACGCUUUGGGGUCCAGACUGACCGGGAGGGGCAACUGGCCAAGGAGCUGGAAGACACCAACAAGUGGGGCCUUGAUGUGUUCAAGGUGGCAGAGCUAAGUGGGAACCGGCCCCUCACAGCCAUCAUCUUCAGCAUCUUUCAGGAACGGGACCUGCUCAAGACAUUUCAGAUCCCAGCAGACACGCUUGUCACCUACCUACUGAUGCUGGAAGGUCACUACCACAGCGAUGUGGCCUACCACAACAGCCUACAUGCUGCUGAUGUGGCCCAGUCCACACAUGUGCUGCUGGCCACACCUGCACUUGAGGCCGUGUUCACAGAUCUGGAAGUCUUGGCUGCCAUCUUCGCCAGCGCCAUCCAUGAUGUGGACCAUCCUGGUGUCUCCAAUCAGUUUCUCAUUAACACCAACUCAGAGCUUGCACUUAUGUACAAUGAUGCCUCUGUGCUGGAGAAUCACCACCUGGCUGUGGGCUUCAAGCUGCUACAGGCAGAGAACUGUGACAUCUUCCAGAACCUCAGCACCAAGCAGCGGCUGAGUCUGCGCAGGAUGGUCAUUGACAUUGUGCUGGCCACGGACAUGUCCAAACACAUGAACCUUCUGGCCGACCUCAAGACCAUGGUGGAGACCAAGAAGGUGACGAGCCUUGGAGUCCUGCUGCUAGACAACUACUCUGACCGCAUUCAGGUCUUGCAGAGCCUGGUGCACUGUGCCGACCUCAGUAACCCCACCAAGCCGCUGCCGCUGUACCGCCAGUGGACAGAUCGCAUCAUGGCCGAGUUCUUCCAGCAGGGUGACCGUGAGCGCGAAUCAGGCCUGGACAUCAGCCCCAUGUGUGAUAAGCACACAGCCUCGGUGGAGAAGUCCCAGGUGGGUUUCAUUGACUAUAUCGCCCACCCAUUGUGGGAGACAUGGGCUGACUUGGUACACCCAGAUGCACAGGACCUGCUGGACACUCUGGAAGACAACCGUGAGUGGUACCAGAGCAAGAUCCACCGCAGUCCUGUGGACCCCACCAGCCCCAAGCAGAGUGGCCCUGACAGAUUCCAGUUUCAGCUGACUCUGGAGGAGGCAGAAGAAGAGGAGGAAGAGGGAGCAUUGACUGAGGAGGCCUCGGAGACACCUGACAUUGAGUUCCUGUCCUCUGAGGCCAGCCCAGACCCUGGGGCCCUACAUCUGGACAACCAGAGGACCAUGGGCAAGCCCUGCAUGGACCAUGAGGGCAAUAUGAUGGCUGAGCCUUUGGGCACCUAAUGGCUCCUGGUGGGUGGGUGGACUUUCCCAGGAAUAAGUCCCAGGUGGCCCCUGCUUUGCCUUUCCCACCCAUUGAGGGAGACAACCAAGCUUUCAGUAAUAGGCAGUUUUUAGGGCUGAAUUGGAGGCACCUAGUGGGGUCCACUCUGACCCUGGGCUUGGCUGAGAGAGCUCUCCGAAGAGCUGGACUGGAAGCAGCCUCUUCCAGGGCCCUUGAGUUCUCGCACCUGGAUUUCCACCCCUGGUAUUGAAAAGGGUUGUCUGCCAGGCCCCUUGUCCAUCUUCUCCAGUGGUCACUAGAGCCACGUCCAUCACUUUAUUGUUUCAUUCUUUACAGAUAUUUUCUGGAUACCCACUGUGUGCCUGUUAUGUGCCUGCACAAGAGGGUGGGGAAUCAGCCCCAAGGAGAUGCCCCCUCCCCGAGACGCCUCCCCUUCAUCUGCCAGGCAGCUCAUUGCAAGAGAACAAGAACUUGAAUGGGGGAAUUUCCACCACCAAAUCUUUGUCCAGACCCAAUUUGGGCUCUGGAACUCUGGUGGAGGGCGGUAGGGGGCCAAGAAAGAGAGGGCUCUGUGUCAGGGAUUGUCUCUGAAGAUUGACUCAGCUUGUCACUGCUUGUGCACUGACUGACUGUUGCUUUAAGUCGCCGUAGUUUCCGUCUUCAGGUCUAAGGAUCCUGGUUCUCCCUGGCCCCAGGACCCCCUGCUGAUUCCUUCACACGUUCUUCCUCUUCUAGAACAGCAACAGAAGCACAGAAUUCUCCCCCAUGGAAGUUCUCUCCAUCUCCUGAUUGAGGCUGUCCCAAUCUCCCCAUAGGGAAAAGGAAGCCCUUUCUUUCCCCUCUACGGCCAGAUCCUAAUACUUGGGUAAACUUUGGUUGGAGGGUGGUGUCUGUGACCUCCCUGAAAUAUCUUAGAAAUGUGGGGGAUUCUCUGAGGUUAAAUAAACUCUAUUACCCCAAAUUAGUACUAUGCCAUUUCACGGAUGGGGAAACAGGAGCAGAGAGGUCCGGUUGCCUGAGGUCUCAAGGCCAUGCAGCUGGGCCCCAGACAUUAGCCAGCGGCGCCCCCUUGCGGCGGGAGGCGCCGAGGGGGCGUGGGACGAAUUCGGACGUCCUCCUUGCCUUGCUGGAAGUCCCUCUCCGGCCGGCUUGGUCCAGCUCAUCCCAAGAAAAUGAGGCGGCUCUGUGCUCAAGUCUCAGGUUUAAUUCCCACUUCCGGAGGACUCAGGAUCCCACCCAGCCUUCCCCGCGCCCCCAGCCUCCCUCUCUGCGUGUCUGAGGAUUUAUACACAAGUCAUCACAACCCCUGGCUUCAAGAACAGCAGGCUUCAUUCCUAAAUAAUUCCAUUAAUAAUUCCAUUCCAUUGAUCAUUCAUCAUCAUUAAAAUUAAUGAUCAGAUUCCACAGAGGGAGAAUUAAAGGUCAUCUGGAUUAUAA